AUGGCUCUAUUUUCAGGCAAACAUAUUUGUCUUGUUGUUGCUCUAUUUGCAAUCUCAUUGAAGCCAUGUUUUUGCCAUAAUAAAACCCAUUGGAACCCCGCCGGAAUCACGUGGUACGGCGACCGAGAAGGUCCUGGUAGCACAGGAGGAGCUUGUGGUUAUGGAGAUGCAGUGGCAAAACACCCGAUAAAUUGUAUGAUUUCAGCCGGAGGACCUUCAAUAUACAAAGAUGGAAAGGGUUGUGGAGCAUGCUAUAGGAUUCUAUGCGACCAUCCGUUGUGCAAGAAAAAGCCGAUCAAGGUAAUGAUAUCGGAUGAAUGUCCCGGCUGCACGAAGGAGGCGGUCCAUUUUGAUCUUAGCGGUAAGGCUUUUGGUGCAUUGGCCAUAAAUGGCAAGGGCGAUGAAUUACGCAACCUUGGAGAAUUAACUGUUAAGUACAAACGUGCAUGUUGCAAACACCCUAAGAGUAAAAUAGCUGUCCAUGUCGACGCCGGAGCAAACCCUUACUACAUGUCAUUCGCCAUUAAGUAUGCAAACGGUGAUGGAAACUUUAUGUGCAUUGAGGUCCAACCGGCGGGCGGAAAAUACAUAAAAAUGGAGGAAAUGAGAUCCGCCGUUUGGAAACUUAACUCCGGCGUUCCAUUGAAAGGUCCAUUCAACAUCCGCCUUACCUCCGCCGUGACCAAAAAAAUUCUCGUCGCUAAUUCCGUUAUACCGGAAAACUGGAGUCCCGGUGNUAUUUACCAUUCCAAAAUCAACUUCGCCACACCAAUCAAAAUCAAAGCCGCUCACAAGAAGCCCGUUCACAAGAAACACUAA